AUCUGCAGGCAGCGCCGGUCGGUGUGUGACAGCCAGAACAUUAUCCUGAUUGACACAUAAGCUUAAGGAUUAUGAAAUGAUGAACAGUACUGAACCUGAUUCUUCUACCACCGAAUUUGAUUACAGUGACUUAGAGUCAUAUAUCCCAUGCAAUAAGUCAGAUGUCAAAUCUUUCUCUGCCUGGUUCCUCCCCGUCCUGUACAGUUUGGUGUUCCUGGUGGGUCUCCUCGGCAAUGGCCUAGUGGUCUGCGUAUUGCUGCUGUACAAAAAGCUGCGCUCGAUGACUGAUGUGUAUCUGCUGAACCUUGCCAUUUCUGACUUGCUCUUUAUCACUUCACUUCCUUUUUGGUCACACUAUGCCGCUCAUGACACUUGGAUCUUUGGGAGCUUUCUAUGCAAAGUUGUCACCGGCUUUUAUCUAACCGGCUUCUAUGCGAGCAUCUUUUUCAUCACCAUCAUGAGCAUCGACAGGUUUAUGGCAAUAGUGUUUGCUGUGAAUGCCAUGAAGUUGAGAUCCAAAUCCCACAGCGUGGGCAUCAGCAUUUUCUUGUGGGUACUGAGCCUCUGCGCCUCAACUCCUUCAAUGGUGUUCCGUAAAUUGAAAUAUCAAUCACUUCAGCCAAAGUGUGAAGAUGAAUUUCUUGAGCAUCAGACUGGCUGGAACCUUCUGAUUAACUUCCAGUUCAACAUCUUGGGCCUGCUCCUUCCACUGACCAUCAUGGGUUACUGUUAUACCAGAAUCCUUUUGACAUUAAUGAAAUGCAGAAAUUACAAAAAGGAGAGAGCGGUCAAGCUAAUUUUCGUUGUUGUCCUUGUUUUUUUCGUCUUCUGGAUUCCAUACAAUAUUGUCAUUUUUCUGCGUUCAUUACAAAAGUUUGGCUUCUUCCUGGACUGCACAUGGAGCAAAAACCUCGACUAUGCCAUGCAGUGGGUGGAGACCCUGGGUCUGACCCACUGCUGCCUCAACCCGCUCAUCUAUGCCUUAGCUGGACAGGAGUUCAAGAAGUCGGUCUUCAGGAUGCUGAACAGAUGCUUGACCAAAUGCAACUGGUGCAACAAUUGCAAAGUCCGAACAUUCGAAGUAUCCGAAAGUGGAAGUUCCACCUAUUCUAAGUCAAGCGGAGAGAUGAACAUCACUCGAUUGUUAUAAGGUGUAAUGUCACCUGCAAGUGGUCGAAUUCUCUGUUUUACUUUUAAGUCCUAUAAAAGGAAGGAUCCAGAAAAUGCAACUUCCUAAAUAUAAUUAUAAACUUGCUCCAUGAUGACUGGUUCUGAUUUGUUGUACCCACACAAGAGCCCUCAACUGGACUAAGCAGAAACA